CUGAAUCUCUUCUCUUCUGCUCUGGCUGCCUCUAGAUUGAAGAAAUGGCAGUAGCCUCAGAGUAACUGGGAACAUUUACUGACACUCAAAGGAGUCUGAAGAGCUCCGUCGGAAUUCCUCCACCCUCCCUUGACUUUGGUGCUUGCUAACUAGAGUCAACGGAAAUCUCGGCUCCUCGUUUAUUCCGGCAUAUUGGAAAGGAAGUCUCCCCUCCCCGAGGUACAAAAGCCCCCAAUAACGGGAGGAGCGUCCAGCUCUCCCACCCACCCUUCUAACACGGGGAGCAACGCCAGCUUCUUGUUGUUUUUGGACAGCAGCUGUUGCUGUGAAGAUGGCGAGGCGCCGCGUCCUGCUGCUCCUCCUCGCUUACUUGGGCUCGCUUUUCUAUCAUAAAGCUUAUGGAAUUGAUGUCUACACAGAAAAAGAACAUGUUACAGCAAGAGAAUUUGCGGAGGCAUUUUUAAGCUGUGUACACAAAGCAAAGAAGGUAACCAAUUUAAGAAUAGAAUGGAAGAAAGUUAGAUCAUCUGGGGUUUCGUUUGUUUACUACAACCGUAACUUUGUGGGUAAUUUUACAGGUCGAGCUGAAAUCUGGAAUUCAAGCAUUCGACUUAGAAAUGUAACUAGACAUGAUGCUGGGAGGUACCGCUGUGAAAUCAGUGCAGCCACAGAACAAGGACAAGAUGCAGCAGAAACAGAAGUCUCUCUCUCUGUGCUGGUUCCACCAGCUCUUCCUGUUUGUGUGGUGCCCAGCUCAGCUAUGAGUGGAACCGUCAUUGAACUACGAUGUAAGGAAAAUGAAGGCAUUCCUGCUUCUCAAUACAAAUGGUAUAGGAAUGGCAUUGCUCUGCUGGAGGGUCGAGAUUCAAGAAGGGGUAAAAAAGGGAGAGUUUCUUACACCAUAAAUACCACCACCGGGAUCCUGCUGUUCAAUCCUGUUUCAAAUAAUGACACUGGAGAUUAUUACUGUGAAGCUACAAAUGGAAUUGGACCAUCUCGGAAAUGCCCUGUGAAGCGAAUGCAAGUUGAUGACCUUAAUGUUGGUGGCAUUAUAGCUGCUGUGGUAAUUGUAUCAUUAAUAAUAGCUUCCUGUGGUCUUGGAGUAUAUUAUGCACAAACAAAAGGUUACUUUUCAAAAAGGAAUUCUUCAAUAAAGAAGAGUUCUAAGCCCAGCACAAAACAAAAUGAAAAUGAUUUCAAGCACACCAAGUCCUUUAUUAUCUAAAAGAAAUUCAACCUCUGUGAGGAUCACCAAAUGUUGUACAAAGAGAUUUUUCAAAUGUGUUCAUUAGAAAUUGUUAAACGCACCUCUGAUCAGUGAAUUAAUGUUACAAGUUGAGGGCAUGUUUGUCAAAGCUGAUAAUUUUCUGAAACGAGGCACUGUCUAUCAAUUGAUUAGAGAAAAUAUUAAGACAGACCUCUUUCCUCUGAUGUACAAAUGAAGUCAUUAAAGUCUAAAGCAGAAGGUGACUUCUGUAAAUGAAUUGAGAAAUUCUACAUAUCUGCAAGCAACUUGGACCAGAAGGGUGGGUGUUCAGUGUAUUUUUUCCACUGCCAAAUAUUUAUUUCAAGUGCCUUGACUUUCAGACCAUACACUCAAAUAUAGUGAACAUGUGUAAGUAUAAACUUUUCAAAAUGUAGUAACCUUACAACUAUUUUGUUUUAAAAAUCUCUUCCUAAAAGCCUAUUUAUGAAUUCUGUUGCUGAAAAUUAUUUGUAUAUGUCUAUUAGUGCCUUUUCAAAAUUAACUGAUGUUAUAAAUAACUUAUAUGCUGCUGUUUAAGACACAUAUUUGCAUAAAAACGUUUUCAUUCAAUGACAUCUAUUGAAGGAUCAAUUGGAAAUUAAAAUAUAAAUAUUUAAAAGACAAGGUAAUGGUUGCACUUCAGAGUUCUGAAAACAUUUUAUUUAGGGGCCAAAUCCCAAAAAGUUUAAUGUUAAAAAAUGCUUGUACUAGUUCAACCUUUUUAAACAGGUGACUGUAAUGCUAUAUAGAACUUAAACUUUUCAGAAAGUAAAUUGUCCUGUAGCAUAUUACAGGAUAAUGCUCAAUGUAGAGAUGAGGCCUCUGUUAUAGAAUUCACUUAUAUUCAUUCACCAGAACUCCCUAAAUUAGUUGGUUACAACACCAGCUUUGAUAUUUGUGGCAUCAGGGAAUAGUUUGUUGGAGUUGUGAUGUUUACACAAACACAGACAUUUCUUCUUUAAUUCUGAUGUUCUCAAAAAACUUUUUUGGGAUUUUCCCUGCGAAUGUGGAGUUCUUUAAAAUUUGUACAACCAUCUGUUCUUUCUGUACAAGGCCAUGAGCCUUUGUAUGGAUACUUUAAUCCACAAUCUGAGGCCUUGUAUAAAAUCUGAUAAAUACUUCAACAUGCAUUCCAGAUAACAUGCAUAAAUCAGGUGGCAGAGCUUACUGCUGCAAUCCUGGCCCAUGAGUAUUUAUUUUUCUAAGUUAGAGUCCCGAGGCAAAGCCAAAUGAUCAAUAUUUUCUAUAAGUUGUAUAAAAUCAUCUUGUUUCAAGUUUUCUAAUAAGACUAAUGUCUUAUUAACGUCUUAAGUUUACUCUAAUGUUUUAAGUUUACUCUAAUAACUGUGCUGCAGCUUACACUAUUUCAAGCAAAUAUUGUACAGGUUUCUUGUUUUGACUUGUUUCUUUUUUGGGUUGGGUUCAAGUAUCAUAUUGGUACUUUAAAAAAUCAACAAGCUUUCAAAAAUACUGAAUAAACUUGUAGUCUGCAUUCAUAAAG